CCUUCUCGCGCCCCGCCUCUCACUCCAACACCCUGUCCCGCUCCUGCCUUGCUUCUGCUACCUCUGCCCAGUCACCCGUCACCGCUCUUCUCUCGUUCUUGAGCUUGCACGUUCAGCUCGCUCAACUAUCUUGCAGCCGCGCCUCGGCCUCCUGUCCCUCUCGCGCACCCCGCGGCCAAGUGUUGUUCUCACCGAGCCGCCGCACCGGUCGUGGGCCUGCUCGAAGCAUCUCGCCGCCAUGGAUGACCUCCUGGAUCUAGACUGGUCCGGCUCCAAGACGUCGGCGCCGCCAAAGAGCUCCACGCUCGCGGCGCCCGCCCGCCCGGCGCUGGGCCGCCAGCCGAGCAACACGUCGUCGUCGUACAACUUCGACGCGCUGACGCGCGCCAUGCCCACCUCGACGCCGUCGCCGCAGCCGUACCAAGCGCGGGCAGCUGCGGCUCAGCCCGCCCAGCGCGCGGCGCCUGCUGCAUCGAGCAGCGCCGCUGGCGCAGGCGAUGCGUUCUCCUCCCUGCUCGACCUCGGCUCCACGCCGGCAGCGCAGCAGCGCAUGACGCUGGCCGAGCGCCAGCGGGCGAACAUGGCGCCAGCGGCGGGCAAGGCGGCUGUGCCGGCAGUGAACGACACCUGGGGCGCAGGGGACGACUGGGACUCGUUGGGCUCGUCGCAGCCCGCGAAGACGUCGACAAUCAGCGCACCUGCUCCGCCGUCGCCGUCAGAUCCGUUCGACAUGAGCGUCUUCAGCGCUCCAGUGCAGGCGGCCCGACCACCGCCCACCUCUGCUCGGCCUGCGCCUGCGCCGGCACCAGCGCGUCAGCGUGCUCCCGCGCCGCAGCCCAAGCCGGCAAAGGAGCCAGAGCUGCCGCCUCGCAAGCCCGCUGCGAUGGACAUGUUUGACUUUUCCGAGUUCGAGGACGGAGCGGACGCGCAGAGCAGCGCGCUCGCUGCGUUUGAGGACGACUCGCAGGCCCGAGCGCCGCAGAGCAGGAAGCGGGAGAGCCGCGCCUCGCCCAAGCCUGCAGUCACCAGAGGCUUCUCGGACGACGGCCUCGAUGCUUUCCUGAGUGGCCGCCCGAGCGAGACGGCUGCUCCGCCCCGCACAUCCGCUCGCGCCUCGCCCGCGCCGCGCGCUCGCCAGACGUCGAGCACGUCUGGCUCCAGAGCGGCGUCUCCGCCGCCACACAUCAUCGGCCAGAUCGUGGAGAUGGGCUUCUCGCCGGCGCAGGCGCGCAAGGCGCUGGCUGCGACGCCGACCGGUCUCGAUGUGAGCGCUGCCCUCGAAGCGCUGCUCGGCGGGCAGCAGGGCAGUGCGAACGAGCCGGCGUCCCGCGAAGACGCCGAUCGCAAGCUCGCCGAGCGACUGCAGCGCGAGGAACGCAGGAACGGAGUGCGCGACGACGGCGAGUGGGACGGCGAGGCCAACCGAGCGGCGGCACAGCGUCGUCGAUGGGGCGAUGACGGAGCUCAGCGUCGCGGAGCUGGCUCCUCCUCGCCCGCCAAGCGCGCGGGCGACGAUGGCCAGCAGGACGCCGACUGGGCCAAGCAAGCCGACGUGCUGUAUGCGCAGGCGUCGGAGCUGGGCGCGGGGCUCUUCAAGAGUGCCAACGCGUUCUGGAGCACCGCCAAGGCCACUGCUCAGAAGGCGCUCGAGGAGCGACAGGCGGCCGGCGCAGGCUCGGGCGGCGAAGGCAGCGGGCGCAACAGCCCGGCAGGCGCAAACGAGCGCGCGUGGAACCGGCGCUGGGGCGUCAAGAAGGAGGCCCCGAAUCUGGACGGCCGACCGCGAUGGAUGGUCGAGGCUGAGGCGGCAGAGGCGGCCCACAAGGCUCGACCAGCCUCAGCAACCAACGGCGCAGCUCCUCGCGAACCCGCAAACGCCGGCACCACGUUCAAGGACUCGGACGACGAGGAGCAGGUGCCUGAGAGCGCAGAGCGGCGAGCGCCCGCUCCGCGUCCUGUGCCUGCUGCGCCUGCGCCCGUCGUGCGGGAAGCGGCAGGGAACCUGUGGGACAUGGAGCCCUCAGCAGAGCAGCCCAAGCCUGCCAGUGCGGCGGCUCGGUCGUCCGCGGCGCAGCCAGCGCCAAAGCAGCCAUACGUGUCCCCCGCCCGCCGGGGCGGCAGUCGCGCCAGUGCCGCACCGUCUCCCGCUCCUGCCGCUGCCAGCCAGGUGCGCAAGAAGACACGGGUCGUCGAGCCCGACGCUGCUGCAGCUGUGUCAAGCGCUGCGUCGGACAAGGCGGCGGGCAAUGAGUGCUUCCGGCGCGGAGCCUACAACGAUGCCGAGAUCGCCUACUCGCGAGCGCUGCAGAGCCUCGGCGGCGGCUCGCUUCGCCGCAUUCCUCUGCUCAACAACCGCGCCAGCGCGCGUCUCAAGAACGGCGACGCGACCGCAGCCGUGGCGGAUGCUGAUGCCGUGCUCGUGCUCAUCCUGCCGGACGGUGACGGCAACGGCGCGGCACGCGGCCUGUACAAGCCCUCGCUCGAGGGCGAGCUCCCUGCCGAGCUCGGCGCCGAGGUCAACCUGCGCGACGCCUACGCCAAGGCGCUUCUGCGGCGCGCCCAGGCUGGCGAGAUGCUCGAGAAGUGGAAGGCGGCCAACGCGGACUGGGAGGGACUAGCUCGCUACGAACGCGAGGAGGGCAGCGGCAAGGCUGGUGCGCAAAACGUGCGCGCCGCCAGCGAGGGCAAGGCUCGCUGCCAGAAGAUGCUCUCGAGCGACGGCGGCGCCGCUCCUGCACCGCGUGCCGCUGCUCCACGACCAAGUGCGGCUGCCUCGGCUGCUGCUCGGCGAGCACAGGCGGCGUCGGCCGCUGCAGUGCAGAAGGCCGAGGAUGCGGCGCGUCAGCGAGUGCGUGCCGAGCACGCCGCGGCCGAGGCCGAGGAUGCGGCCAAGCACAGUCUCAAGGACAGCGUCGACGCGCGCAUCCUCGCGUGGCGCGGCGGCAAGGAGACGAACCUGCGCGCGCUGCUUGCCAGUGUCGAGAGCGUGGCGUGGGAAGGGCUGGCGUGGAAGAAGAUUGGCAUGCACGAGCUCGUCACUGAUGCGCAAGUCAAGAAGGCCUACACGCGUGCCAUUGGGCGCUUCCACCCCGACAAGCUGGCGCGCGCCAGCAUCGAGGAGAAGAUGAUUGCCGCCUCCGUCUUCUCGGCGCUCAACGACGCAUGGGUGGCGCAGAAGAAGUGAGCGGGCGGCUUCCCUCACCUGCACCUGCCUGUAGAGAGUCUGGCACGCAAUCGAAUGCAUCCUGAGC